AUGUCCACUGUUGAUGGAGAGUCAUCGAGAAAUAGAGGCCGGCCUCGUAGAGUGCCGACCGCGGCGCCGGACACGGUACGACGGACGCAGCUUCGAGAAGCCCAACGGGCCUAUCGAUCCCGGCAACAGUCGCUACUUACCUCGUUAAAGUCUCGCGUUGCUAGACUAGAAGAUGCAUUCGGACAACUUGCUCAGAUUAUGGACUCGUUCGAUGCUCAAGUUGUCAAACCAGGUGCUCAGAUGUCCCAUGCUCAGCUGCUCCAAGCUGUGAAGCUUUUCCAGAAUGAGAUUUGCUUCCAAUUAGAAAGGACCGACUCACAUGUGCUGCCCAAUGAAGGCAAAAAACGCAGUUCAACUACCCAAAGUCAGCAACCCCAGCAAAGGUCCAGCGACAGACCGUCACCGUCGGGCCCUUGCCAGGUCGAUAAGGAAACCAUUAGUGUCCCGACGUGGACGAAAGAAAAGGCAUUCUCAUCUGAUUUUUGGCGUCGCUUUUUGGGCUCAUCCAACGGCUUUUUGCCACCGCUUGCAUCUACGGCUCAUGAACCCAACGCUAGCAUUCGUGUAACAUCUUCUAUAGACCGUGAGGAUCACGCCAUAGAAUACACGACUUCAACAUUCACAGAGAGACUUUAUCGUACCUGCGCAGAAAACGGAUAUCGGCUCGUGUGCAAUGACACAGUGACAGACGAGGAGUUGCAGCCGCAAUUUGGGCUGGUAUUGAAAACCGUCCCACGAGAGCAAAUCCGACUCUAUUUUGAGAAGGUACUCGGGAUGGAACCAUGCAAUCCGGUCCAUGACCGUCGGUUUCCCUUUAUUUGUCUCGGUGGAGCGGGGAUGCAUUUUCCCUCUGCGGGACAGGACUCUCGUUCCCAGAACCUUCAUCGCUUCCGUGAGACAAAUGGCGUGUUGGAGAUUCCCAGCGAUGAAGAAUGGUUUGAUAUCAGGGAUAUGGAAGGGUUCUUGAUGGAACAGGGCAUCAAAACUGAAGAGAGCUACCGAGUCUCUGUCACUUCUUCAUCUCGUAUGAAUAGCAAUCUAAGCGCGAGACCUGGAUUGUUACUCCCAAGUGGCGACAUCGUUGGGUCAUCUGAUUUUAAUAUCAAUAGCCAGACUACCUCCAAUAAUGUGGUUAGGGUUCUGGAUGAGGCUACCGUUAUUGAUAAACUAAGUCGGCUCUGUAUCUGUCUUGGUUGCGUUGCUGGGUUUCGUCGCUCUGACGUUGAGACCCUUGUAUGGCAGCAUGCUAGUUGGAAACCAAUCUAA